GUCAUUAUGGGAAGCAACCUCGCAAAACUCCACGGAAUAAGAAGUGUAUAGCCUAUUAGCCUAUCAAAGAUGUUCUUAAUUAGGACAGACAUUGUCACAUUUUCAACUGCCUGAUAAUAAAUACUAAAUAAAAGUGAAGAAAUAAAUAAGUAAAUAGCAGCAUGACGCCGUGAAUUCCAUCAUCCUCUCAUCCCACUACCUGCCUCAACCGACGCGCUGACGUCAUCAACCCGACGCGCUGACGUCACCAACCCGACGCGCUUGUGAGUCCAUUUCCCAUGGCAACUGAACACUGUUCAAAACCGCGCACUAAACUCAGGGGAUGAUGGCAACCUUGACCGAGACCGAAAUGAAGAAGAUAUCAAAACUUCAGAGGUGCGAGGCUGUGCCGCGGCUCGCGGGUCACUUCACGUGGCCCGAGUUCGGUGACAAGCGGUGGCCCUCCGUACUGCGACAGUUCCACCAGCACUUCGUGUUCGACAUGGCGCUGUUCACGGUAACUCGGGGCUUCCCGUGGAGGGACGUGAUCCGAGCAGCGACGAUGGCUAAAGACGUAUUUCCGCGACUCAAUGGUUUGGACAUUCCUGCGCUACUGGCCCUUCUGGAUGAGGCUCAAACCCAACGGCUGCCCAACCUAUCACUGCUCCAUGGGAGUCAGCUGAGCUGGUACCUCACCGACGCCUGCGUUGGGAGCCACCGGCUACUCGCAGCAGUAGUGGACCAUGCCACCAACGUUUCUACCGAGCGGGCUCAUUUAGAGGUGCAGGUGCCCCCAAGGCCACUGCCUCUCACCCAGGGCCUGACCCUGGAGGAGGUGGAACUCCAGAGACGACAGGCAGAGCUCACCGCCGCCCUGGGGUGCACUGAGCACCAACUCCAGGCUCUACGCACGGCCCCAAGGGUCAGCAGGAGGACGGAGGUCAACACGGACGCCGAGGGUGUACAGGAGUUGGUCCGUUCUAUGGCGGAGCAGGUAGCCACCAGCCUGCGUCAAGAAGCCACUCUGGUCGCAAAACUCCUGGAGCUCAAACUGCAGAGCACAGUCUUGUCCACUAGGGGGAGCAGCAGCCCAGCUCUGACUCCCCAGGCCAUCGCCAAGCCUACACGACCAGCUCAGGUCAGGAAGGGGAGGAGGAAGUGAUGCAUGGAGCUGUAUGGAGCACACAGGAAUCUUAUGAGCUUAUGGUAUGUUUGAGCUAGGGUUAACCCUAACCCUAGGUCUACAUAAAACAACCAGGCCUACUUGUAAAUACUGUCCAAGAUUCCUAACAGGAGAGGACUAUCGUUUUUGUUAUAUCUAUGGCAUGCAUCUUUAAUUUUCCAAGAAUUCCGUUUGUUGAAAGCCCUCAUAAGUUGCCUCACAUAUUUAUUUUAAACAUGCAUUAAUGUUCAAAUAUAUAUGCAUGCAUAUG